GGAGGAGGAGGAGGAGCCCAUCAUUGGACUUAACUUGAUUCCCUCUUUCUUCCGGAGUGAAGCUCCGUCAAGAGAGGCGAUGUGUAAUUGCCUAGAGGUCAAGUGCGGCAUUUUGCCGAGCUGUCAGACUUGUGCUAGUAAUGGAGGCAAUAGUGGCUCCUCAUCUUAUGCCACCGUCACACCCACACUAAAGAAAGUCAAGACCUCAACGGAGGAUGAAUCUAUGACCACUCUACCUCAAUAUUUGUCUUCAAAUGCCCUUUAUUCCCGCCUACACGCUCCAAGCUCAGAGUUGGAAAAGUUGCAGCUUGAACUGAUCCGACAAACGGGUGGUCAUUCUGCAGCCAUUUCCAUUUACGACAAGAGCCAUGGGCUCUCCAAGCGGCACGCCAACGUUCUGUCGUGCUCAGCCUCGCCGGACGGUGACACGGUCUUAAUGCAGCUCUGCACAAGAACUCCUAAGGACAAAGAAUCCCAAGAGUUGCUGUCUGGACAGAUUCUGGCCUUCAUCAGACUCUACGUCGAGAACGAUCAGAGCCUGCUCUUUGUCAGAAACACCACUGGACUGAAUGCCCUGGCUAUUGCGGGCAUCACUAAUAAACGCACCGUGAGCCAUUACCUAGUGCGGCUUUAUCAAGCCAUGGAUCAGGAUUUGAAUGAGCAAAAUGCUCAUGGACAGACUCUACUCCAUCUUCUGGCUCGUCAAGGGGACUCGUGCUCGGACACAUUAGACCUCCUUCUAAACUUGAAACACUCUGUGAUGGACAAGACACGGCUAUUUCGUUAUGAUGUGGUUGAUCAGGCCCAAAGAACGCCUUUGGAUGAGGCAAUGACCAGUGCCAAUAUCUAUUCGACCGGCAAGAGUAGACGAGUGUUCCAAGAGACCGUGCGUCUCUUCUAUGAUGUGAUACAAGAGGAUGCGGCCCAACUUGUGGAAGGAUCUCAAGACCAUAAUCGAACAACAUCAUCAUCAUCAUCAUCAACCUUAACGUUUAGGAACUUCUGAAGUUCUAAUUCAAUCGGAAAUCUGUGACAAGGUUGUAGUGUAGCGUGCCGACUUGUGUCUCUGUUCGUGCCCGAGGUUGGAGCAUUAUUGCAUACUAAUGGAUGACCUCCCUUGGCCAAGAAUGGAACAACGCGCCAUUUUGGGGGUUUGGGUUGAAGUGUCAGGAUAAGAUGAACAAGCAAUGCAAGCAUGCGAAACUUGUUCCUCUUGAAACAUGUGUCUCCAAGAGAAAUAUAUCCCUAAAAGCAAAAUGUCAAAUAAUACGAAUCAUGAAAUCAUUGUGAACGAUCCUCUAUUUUAUUUGAUUGAAUAAAAGUUUCCCGCUUUCCAAGCGGCCCUCCUAAA